AAACAGCCGCCCCGAAGAGCGACGGCCUACCCGGGCCCGGCAAGCAACAGCAGCAGCGUUCCCGCUGUUGAUUUUGUCGCUGCCGGGCCCGGCCGGGAGAGAUCACCCCUCGAUGGGGAGGCCCAGCAGCCCUCCGCAGGCCGAGAUCCGAUCUCCGCUGUGGGCGUUGCCGGAGGAACUGCUGCUGCUGAUCUGCUCGUACCUGGACGCGAGGGCCUUGGGCCGCCUGGGCCAGACCUGUCGCCGCCUUUUCCGUUUCACUUGCCGUGAUGUCCUGUGGAGGCGCCUCGGCCGUUUGUGCCUCAAUGCAGGCUUCAGCGCACUGGGCGCCGACCUAGCGUUAGGAGUCCCAGUAAAAGAAAGGGUCAAAGUUUCUCAGAAUUGGAGGCUUGGUCGCUGUCGAAGAAUUCCACUCCUCAGAUGGAAACGCAAUUUAAUGCCCUGGAUGCAACUAGAUGGUGAUUAUCUCUAUCUAUCCCAAGCAGAAGACAUCCACCUUUAUUGGCUCCACCCUAAAGAUACCAAUUUGUUAUGGUAUCCUCAGACCGUUUUUUCUGGUCACCGGGAGGAUGUGUGCCGUUUUGUAGUUGAUAAUGGCCAUGUUAUCAGUGGAGGAGGAGAUGGGAAUAUUGCCUUCCAUAAACUUAAUGGUUCCUUCAGUUUUAAGAUCCUUGGGCAUCAACAGGAAGUGAACUGUGUGGAUUGCCAAGAGUCUAUCAUUGUGAGUGGUUCUCGAGACAGAACAGCAAAGAUUUGGUCCUUGUUAUCGGGCAGGGCUGGGCAGUGUCUACAUACAAUACAGACAGAAGACCGGGUCUGGUCUAUUGCUAUUAGUCCAUUAUUAAGUUCAUUUGUGACUGGAACAGCAUGCUGUGGACAUAAUUCACCUUUGAGAGUCUGGGACUUAGGGAGUGGGCAGCUGAUCACCUGUCUUGGAACAGAUUUCCACCGAGGAGCUGGAGUCUUGGAUGUUUUCUAUGAAACACCUUCAACUUUGCUCUCUUGUGGAUAUGAUACCUACAUAAGAUAUUGGGAUUUAAGAACAAGCACAAAGGAAUGUGUGAAGAAAUGGGAAGAACCACAUGACAGUGCCCUAUACUGCAUUAGAAGCAAUGGAAAUCAUAUGAUUGCAAGUGGCUCCUCUUAUUAUGGAGUGGUGCGUCUUUGGGACAAACGACAAACAAGAUGCUUGCAGAGUUUCUCCUUGUCAUCACCUAUCAGCAGUCCUGUGUAUUGUCUACGUUUCAGCACCACUCAUCUCUAUGCGACACUGGCAUCAGCACUGUAUGUCCUUGAUUUCACUACCUCCUGACACCGAUAUGCUUGGACUUUGAGACAUGACAGUCAGCUCAGGGAGCACAAAGAACAUGUAACAUCUUUGAGACAAUAAAACAGCAGUUGGUAAAGAAGA